AUGGAUGCAGCCAUUGCAGAAGGAGUAGAUGUGAUUUCACUCUCACUUGGUGGAGCUUCUGUUCCAUUUUAUGAAGAUGGUAUUGCGGUUGGUGCAUUUAGUGCUAUUCAAAAUGGAAUAUUUGUAAGUUUUUCAGCUGGAAACUCCGGGCCAUUCAAUUCAACAUUAUCAAAUGAAGCCCCAUGGAUUCUCACAGUUGGUGCUACUACCAUUGAUAGAAACAUUAGAGCAACUGUUCAUCUUGGAAACAAGGCUUUGUUUAAUGGAGAAUCUUUAUUUCAACCACAAGAUUUCCCUCAAAACUUUUUGCCUCUGGUUUACCCAGGUUUGACCGGUGGUCAACAGGCAGCAUGGUGUGCGAAAGGAUCAUUAACCAACAUUGAUGUCAAAGGAAAGGUAGUGAUAUGUGAUAGAGGUGGUGGCAUAUCAAGAAUUGACAAAGGACAAACAGUAAAAGAGGCAGGAGGAGCUGCCAUGAUUCUACAUAAUCAAGUCACAGAUGGGGUUUCCACAGUAGCAGAUGCUCAUGUUCUUCCUGCAUCACAUGUUGGUUAUGAAUCCGGUGUCUCAAUCAAGACAUAUUUGAUUUCAAUCCCAUCUCCUGUUGCUACAAUCACAUUUCAUGGAACUGUAAUUAGGAAUAGAACAGCUCCCGAGGUUGCAUCUUUUUCAUCCAGAGGGCCAAGCAUGGCAAGCCCGGGUAUCAUUAAGCCGGACAUUAUCGCCCCUGGAGUUAACAUUCUUGCAGCUUGGCCUUUAUCUGUUGAAAACAAGACACAAACAAAAUCAACAUUUAACAUGAUUUCAGGUACAUCAAUGGCAUGCCCUCAUCUUGCUGGGAUAUCAGCAUUGUUGAAGAGCGAACAUCCUAAUUGGUCUCCUGCAGCUAUUAAGUCAGCAAUCAUGACAUCAGCAGGUCAGGUAAACCUAAAUGGUGACCCAAUCGAGGAUGAGAGAGAGCUCCCUGCUGACAUCUUUGCCAUAGGUUCAGGUCAUGUCAACCCGUCAAAAGCUAAUGAUCCAGGGUUGAUUUUUGAUAUAAAACCGGAUGAUUACAUACCUUCUUUGUGUGGUUUAGGAUAUACAAGCAAACAAGUUGGAAUCAUCAUGAAGAAAACAGUUACGUGCUCAGAAGUAAUAGAAGAAGCAGAAAUUAACUAUCCAUCCUUCGUUGUUACUCUUGGAGUUGGUGAUGGAAAAGCCUUCGAAAGGACAGUAACUAAUGUUGGUGAAGCUAAUUCAAAUUACACCAUCACAAGUUUUUCUAUUCCAGAUGGUCUAUUUUUAGGUAUUAGCACUACGGAGCUCAAAUUCACUGAAUUGAAUCAAAGUUUGACAUAUCAAACGUUCUUCAUUCGGAAUAGAGAUUUUGAGGUCACAACUCCAUAUGCGGAAGGAUCUAUAACUUGGGGUUUUGGUAAAUACUCGGUCAGAACUCCAUUUUCUAUCAAUGCCGGAAAAAGAGCAGGAAGAAGUUACACCACUCUACUUCCCACCUCAAUGAUCCUUCUGGCCACUUUGCUCCACCAUAAACGACCAACACCUCCCACCGGCCGCUACUUCCCCUUCAUCGUCGUGAAUCUCUAG